AUGUACUCCACAUGCUCGUUUUGGUUCUUGCCUGUUUUUGAGCCAACAUUGAAAGACAAUCAUGGAAAUGGAGAACGAUUUUACAAAUGUUUUGUUCAAUGGGCUCUCUGGCAAUUAGACUGUUAUAUUUCUGUUUACUGGCAAAAUUAUUUAGCACAUGAUUUUGAAACAUUAAACGUGUCAUCGUAUUGCCAAAAAUUUAUUGACAGUUUUACAUCUUGUAAAAAUUCGACAACUCACAUAGAAAAGUGUAUUUUAAAAAACGCAAAAAUUUUUUUUUCCAACGAUUCUAUCACCAAACUGACACAUUGGUUUGAGGCAUUGAAUUUAUUGAAUUUCCAACUGAAACGGUCAGAUUCAACUUCAGUAUGUUUGACAAAUUCUUCGAUGAUUUUGCAUCCAGUCCGGCAUCAUUCAUUUGAAAAUCAUAUUGAAUACAAUAACGCAAAUUUAAACAUCAGUCAAUUAUAUUACACUAAAACAUGCAGCGAAAAUGUUUCUGCUUUCAUGAACUUAACAAAAGUUAUCAAUUUGGCCAAGCCUUGGAUCCAGCAACCCAAUGUCUUACUCUUAAUUGUUUUCAAUUAUCCACAUUUUGAAAUCAUUCCAUUGCUGGAGUCCAUACACAGACCUCUUUAUCCAUACAUUCUUUACUGUGGAUCUGAAAUGUUGAAGCGAAACCUGACAUUACUUUACAGAUUGAGUUUUGUUACCUAUAACCAGCCUUACGGACACAACGCUGGAGCAUUUAACUACCAAUGCAUUAUGAAAGCCAUCAGAAUGGGCUAUGAUUUGGAUGGAAUAUUUCUAAUAGCUGACGACAUUUUCAUCAAAACUGAACUUAUUAAAGUACCCACAAAAAAUAACAAAUUUUGUACGAGUGGUAUUUUAGGCAAUUUAAAAUUAAUGAAGCAAUGUUCGUCGCUUACGAACUGUUCCAAUCCAAUGACGUGGAUUUGGUGGGGAGGAUUCCGUAGCGGUUUGCAUCGUAUGUUUUGGGAUUGGAGCGAACUAGGCGAAAGACACCCCGAUUUGAAAUUAGCUCUCCAGAGGCUACAAAAUGUAACAGGUGGAGAAAUGAGGAUGUAUGGAAACACAGGAGACAUUGCUUUCUUAUCUAAAAAAUAUUUUAAAACAGCUUACAAACUUUUACAUCUGUUUUUGAAGUAUGGCCUAUUUUUAGAAAUUGCUAUUCCAACCGUUUUAAACAGCGUAACAACAAAUGAAGAUGUUUAUAACUUGGCGGGGCACAUGGAUUGGUCCAAUAACCGUCACAAUCCAUAUCAUUUUAUCAAAAAUGCAACCAUGUACAACAAACAUUUUGCUCACCCCAUGAAACUUUCAUGCGUUUUGAAUAAAGAUAAAAAAUGUUUGAAGAUGUAUUGUAACUGCCUCCUGCCCUACCUUCACGAUCCAAAGCAAGGGCUAUGUACUUCUAUCUGA